AUGUCAACAAUACCUCAGCAGAAGGAAAAGAAGAACAAGGAAGAUAGACCUUAUAAAUGUACUUAUUGUGAAAAGGCAUUCCAUAGAUUAGAACAUCAAACAAGACAUAUCCGUACCCAUACUGGUGAGAAACCUCAUGCUUGUACCUUUCCAGGAUGUAUCAAAAGAUUCAGUCGAUCAGAUGAAUUAACCAGACAUUUAAGAAUCCAUAAUAAUCCUUCAUCAAGAAAGAGAAAGAACAAGUCUGAUGAAAAUGUCAAUGCCGCCGUCGCUGCUACUAGUAUGAUGAUGGGUCAACCGGGUAGUAAUGGUCCUGCUAUUGCUUAUAGUUAUGACCCUAAUGGAAAUAGAAUAUAUCACCAACCAUAUCCAGUCUACUUUGUAGCACAACCAAAUGGAUACAUGCAACCAGUUGCCGCUCAACCUCAACAAAUGGCUCCACCACAACAACAACCCCAAAUAAUCAGACCACAAUCAGUACCUCCACCACAAUCUAUUCCAAUUCCAAGUCAUUAUAAACAACAAGGAUCAGCCAUGUUUUCAUUGCCAAACUCACCAACCAACAACUUGCCCCAACAACAACAACAACAAACCCCAGCAUUCAUGCAACAAGGCCAAUUUCAACCUACACAAGUUGUUAUGUCAAGAACAAUUUCCUCAGACGCGUUACGUUUACCUCCAUUAAACAAUCACUCCCCACCAACUGGUUCAAGACCAUACAUUAUGAAAUCAGACUCUGCCACUAGCGUUGCUUCUCAUCCAGGAAUAUUUAGCCAAUCAAAUUCAACUUCUCACAGUGUUGCUACAUCUCCUGAUACUAGUGUGUCAUAUAUGAACCAUCCACCACCAGCGGCUUCUUUAACAAACUUGAAUGAAUAUUUCCAAAAGACAAGGAUCUUUAACGCUAGCUCAAGUUCUUUAAGUUCAUUAAGUGGAAAAAUACGAACCACAUCUUCUUCAACCAAUCUUGCUUCAUUACACCGCAUGACUCCAUUGAAAGUUUCAAAUUCCCAAUCGAAAGUCUUGAUUGCACAACAACAAUCAUCCACUUCAUUAAAUUUGGAAUUUUAUCGUGAACCCCAAUCCAAGAAAUCUAGACCAAAUUCCCCUACUAUUCCACCUAUUGCUUCUUCUAUGCAAUCUACAUUAUCCAAGAAAUUCAUGAUUUCUUCCCCAAAUGAAACACCACUCCAAACUCCCUCACAAUCACCACAGUUGAGACCAGCAACUGUUGGAGGAUCUUCUCCAAAUUUGAUUGAUUCUGUUACUCAGAAAUUGAAUGAUAGUAUUGCUAAUACAGGUACGGUAUUGCCUCCAAUUAGAUCGGUGUUGAGUUUUACUUCAUUGAAGGAUUUCCCAGCUCCAACCGCUGGAAUGGCUAGGAGUCCAGAAGAGAAGAGAACUGCUAUGAGUUUAAGAAAUUUAUUGGGUUAG